AUGCGCUUCUCUGUCUCGCUUAUCCUCGCUGCGGCGCUCCAUGGAGCUUUUGCCGCUGAUGCGCCCCAAAAAUUGGCAGAUGGUAUCAAUGAAGGUACUGGAGGGACACCAGAGGGCACCAUUGCGGCAGCUACAGUUGGUGCUACAGUUGGUGCUACCGUUGCGGCUGGUAAAGCAGUUCAAGGACAGUACCGAAAGAAUGCCGAGGUAUUGAACACCGAGAGCAAAUACAACUCCGACAAAAUCGAUAAAUUAGCAGAACAACACGGUGGAUCUUCGCUAGUGAAAGCUGGCCAGGACCAGAUGGCUGCCGCUCAAGAUGCUGCAAGCGCGACAAGGGCUAACAACGCAAAGAAAAACCCCGUAAACAGCUUGUUCACAGGUCCCUAUCAGGAGCAACAAACUGCAAAAGUGUUAUAUGAUCAAUCAGCCCAAGCCUUGCGACUUGCGAAAUCGGGUGCGAAUAACCGAGUACAAUCAACAGUCACACGCCCGCCUCCUACUGCCCAGGGAGGUUCUUCUUCUAGUUCUGGAAACAACUGCAACCGAAAGAGGGAUCUGGGCAAGCUGGGGCGGAGAAACACCGUCUGCUACCUCAAUUCAAAGCCCGGUCAAGGGGUCCCUGCUAGUCCACCUGCGACUACGCAGAGGACUUAUGCUCAGGUCCUCAAGAGUCCUCCUUCCCAGACCAAAAAGACCACAAAGGUUCUAAAGAACCAGCAGACAGAGGUUCAGACGCGUGUUAGACGCUAA